AUGGCAACUGCAAAAGAUAUUCGGCCCCGACAGGACGAAUUGUCCCUCCAGGCUCAGCAUCUCUCGACCUCCCCCUCUGCCUCCUUCCACUCCCCCUCUAGCCACGGCUCUGCCCUGACACGUACCAUCCCUCUGGCCAAUGCAAAGCACUUGAAGCCAUUCGCCACCGAGGAUAUCAAGGUUCUCUUGCUGGAGAACGUGAAUCAGAUCGGCCGCGAAAUCCUGUCCCAGCAGGGUUACCAGGUUGAAUUCCUCAAGUCUUCCCUCCCAGAAGACCAACUGAUUGAGAAGAUUCGAGAUGUACAUGUCAUUGGUAUCCGCUCGAAGACGAAGCUCACCGCACGGGUCCUGAAAGAGGCCCGAAACCUCAUCGUCAUUGGUUGCUUCUGUAUUGGCACCAACCAGGUUGACCUUCAAUAUGCCGCGGACCAUGGUAUCGCGGUUUUCAACUCCCCAUUUAGUAACUCCCGCAGCGUCGCAGAGCUGGUCAUUGGCGAGAUCAUCGCUCUGGCACGACAGCUGGGUGAUCGGUCCAACGAAAUGCACAAUGGCACGUGGAACAAAGUAAGCAACAAGUGCUGGGAAAUCCGGGGGAAAACGCUAGGCAUCAUUGGCUAUGGGCACAUUGGUGCUCAACUGUCGGUAUUGGCCGAGGCAAUGGGAAUGUCGGUCAUUUUCUACGAUGUGGUCAAUCUGAUGGCGCUGGGAACGGCACGCCAGGUGGACACCUUGGAUGCUCUCCUGGCCGAGGCUGAUUUUAUCACUUGCCAUGUGCCCGAGCUCCCCGAAACGAAGGGCAUGAUCGGACAACGACAAUUUGAGCAGAUGAAACAGGGAAGCUACUUGAUCAACGCCAGCCGGGGCACCGUCGUGGAUAUCCCCGCACUGAUUCACGCAAUGCGAAGCGGCAAGGUUGCUGGCGCCGCUCUGGAUGUGUACCCCAACGAACCUGCCGGCAACGGCGACUACUUCAACAAUGACUUGAACACAUGGGGUGCCGAUCUGCGCUCCCUCAAGAACCUGAUUUUGACCCCUCACAUUGGUGGCAGCACCGAGGAGGCGCAGACGGCAAUUGGCGUCGAGGUGGGCCAGGCAUUGGUCAGAUAUGUGAACGAGGGCACGACCUUGGGAGCCGUCAACCUGCCCGAAGUCACACUCCGCUCCUUGACCAUGGAUGAACCAAACCAUGCCCGGGUGAUUUACAUCCAUAAGAACAUUCCUGGUGUGCUGCGAAAAGUAAACGAGAUCAUUGGUGAUCACAAUGUGGACAAGCAAAUGACCGACAGCCGGGGUGAUAUCGCCUAUCUGAUGGCUGACAUCAGCAAUGUCGAUGCUUCUACCAUCAAGGACUUGUAUGAGAGAUUUGAAAGCCUUGCAUCUCGAAUUAUGACUCGGAUUUUGUACUGA